GCAUCGCCGUAACGGAUGGCGUCCGACGUCGCGGCUCUGGCCUUGCUGUUGGAACCGCCGCCCCCUGGAACCACUCUCAAUGACAAGGACGCGAGCCAUAUUUGCCGACGUUCAGCCAGCGAUCUGAGCUACAACGACUUCUACUGGCAAUAUAUGCACAACAAUUGGCCAGUUAUCAUAACCGAUGUGUCCAAUAACUGGGAGUGUCGGAACUGGAUCAGGAGUGGGUCUGCGACGCCCGACGACAAGGACGAUGAGGCGAAUGCGAAUAUAAAUACUGCCCACACGAACAUCAACUUUGACUACCUCAAGAGCCGGAUUGGCGACUGUUUGGUGCCUGUUGCCGAUUGCAAUGCAAAGUAUUUCAAUAGCCACGCCAAAAUAGAGCUCAGGUUUUAUGACUUUCUGGCACGCUGGCGACGGAGCAUGCUGCAGAAGGAACAUGAACAGGAGUUGAACAGCAACGUGAUUGAGAAGGCAAUGGCGUUGAAUAAUCUCUACCUCAAGGACUGGCAUCUGGCGGCGCAGUUGCCCGCAUACGAGUUCUAUAGUGUGCCUAAAUAUUUUGCCUCCGACUGGUUGAAUGAGCAGCUUGUGGCUUUGAAGAGGGACGACUAUCGCUUUGUAUACAUGGGUCCCAGGAAUUCCUGGACCUCCUAUCACGCCGACGUCUUCGGUUCGUACAGCUGGUCCACCAACAUUGUGGGCAGGAAGAAGUGGCUGAUCAUGCCGCCCGGUGAGGAGACCAAGCUGGCCGAUCGUUUGGGCAAUUUACCCUUCAAGAUUGACGAAGAAUUGCUAGCGGAACAAAAAGUUCGCUUCUUUACCAUCAACCAGUCGGCGAAUGAGGCCGUAUUUGUGCCCAGCGGUUGGUUCCAUCAGGUGUGGAACGAGACGGACACCAUAUCAGUGAACCACAACUGGUUCAAUGCCUGCAACGUGCCACUCGUGUGGCGCAACCUACAAACGAAUAUGCAGGCGGUGCGUAAGGAAAUCGCUGACUGUAGUCAAAUGGAAAACUUUGAGGCGCACUGCCAGACCAUGUUGAGAGCCAGUUUUGGCAUAAACUACCUCGAUUUUAUAGAUCUUUUGGAAUUCAUAGCAGCCAGACGUCUAACGGCCCUCGAACACUUCACGAUGGGAAACAAGAACAGCCUAUUACUUUUUGAUAGAUAUACAAUGAACGAAUAUCAUCUGCGCUAUGAUCUCGCGCGUCUGCGCCAACUGCUCGGCCACAUCCUGGAGGAUGAAACUGUGCGUCGAAGCACCAGUUCGGAGCUUUAUAAUCGUUGUGAGAGUCUGUUGCAGCGGCUCAAGCAAUGCCCCGAUAUGGCAUUGCCUGCUGAAAUCUAAGAUAUUUUUAUACCAUUGUAUUCAUAUACAAUACAAAAUAUUUUAAUAAGAUUUUAAGCAAGUUUAUAGACCAUAUUUGUAUACACACAUACUACAAGUAUAUAUAGAAAUCCGUACAAUAAA